GACAAUAUGGCGCCUCGCGUGUCGAAGUAGCGUCACGUACCGAGGAUUUUCAGAGAGAAAGACGCCAAGGAAGCCAAUAUCGUAUUACAUGGAGGGUUUUGUUUGACGUUACGCAUCCUCUUGAAUUCUUGCAACAAUGUCGCUCUAUGAUGAUUUGGGUGUUGAGACCAGUGACAAGACUGAGGGCUGGUCCAAAAACUUCAAACUUCUGCAGUCUCAGCUGCAGGUGAAGAAGGCUGCACUCACGCAAGCAAAGAGUCAGCGUUCGAAGCAGACUACUGUUCUUGCCCCAGUGAUUGACUUGAAGAGGGGCAGCUCUGGUGAUGACAAACAGGUCACAGACACAUCCCCCCAUCUGGCUGCAGGCCUUAAGGACACAGUGCCCAGCGGGUUUCCCAUGGGGGAUGUGCUUAUGCCGCUGGCUGAUGAGUACGACCCUAUGUUCCCCAACGAGUAUGAGAAGGUGGUGAAAAGGCACCGGGAGGAGAGGCAGCGGCAGCGCGAGCAAGAGAGGCAGAUGGAGAUAGAGGAGAGAGAGAAGAAGCGUAAGGAAUGGCACGAAGGUGGGGCUCCCAGUGGAUUCUCCCGCUUCCCUGCUGAGGGAGAUUCUGAUGAAGAGGAUGAGUAUGAGAAGGAGAAGAAGAAAAGGACUAUGGGUGGCGCUGCAAUUGCCCCACCCACUUCAUUGGUGGAAAAGGACCGAGAAUUGCUACCCCCUGCGUAUGCCUAUGAUGACGAGGGCCGACCCCGCGGCCCCUCGUCAAAGGCUGCUAUCCCUCCGCCUGUGUUUGAGGAUUCAGACCGCCCUCGCUCCCCCCCUGGUCCCACAAGCUCUUUCCUGGCAAACAUGGGUGGUACCGUGGCCCACAAGAUCAUGCAGAAAUAUGGCUUCCGUGAAGGCCAAGGGCUGGGUAAACACGAGCAGGGAUUGAGCACUGCCCUGUCUGUGGAGAAGACCAGCAAAAGAGGUGGCAAGAUCAUCGUGGGAGACCUGACUGAGAAGGGAGGCAAUCAAGUUGGACCAGAGACCCCAGGCUUUACCACGGGGGCUGCAGAUGCGGGAAAAAAGACAGAAACCAACCCACUGACAGAAAUUCUGAAAUGUCCCACCAAGGUGGUGCUGUUGAGGAACAUGGUGGGAAGAGGAGAGGUGGAUGAGGACCUGGAGGCUGAGACUAAGGAGGAAUGUGAGAAAUAUGGCAAAGUGACAAAGUGUGUCAUCUUUGAGAUCUCGGGGGUGUUGGAUGACGAGGCUGUCCGGAUAUUCCUGGAGUUUGAGAGAGUGGAGUCUGCCAUUAAAGCUGUUGUGGAUCUGAAUGGUCGGUAUUUCGGCGGACGAGUGGUGAAGGCCUGCUUUUACAACCUGGAUAAGUUCCGAAUAUUGGACCUGGGGGAUCAAGUGUGACUGGAUGGCACAGUUAUAAGAUUCCGGUCCGUUCUUCCCUGUGUGUUGCUAUAAACAUUUUUUUUAAUU